UGCAUGGAUUGGUGUGCACUUGGCUAGGAAUCUUACCCCCCCGUUCAAAGUGGGUUAUUUAUGGAUGUGCACGGUUUACUCUACUUGCCGGUAGUAGCGUUGAACUAUUUGGAACUCUGAUUUCCCCGGGGAACCUCGGGCAUUAUAAUGUUUAUUCGCCUUCUACACACGUUCCUAUUGAUCUGAAGGUCCCCGAGUCGGUGACGGGAUCAAUGGGUUUUCCUUUAAAUACGAUAAUUUCCCCUCUUGCUAAUGUCACCAAAUAUUCAUCAGAACUUCUGGAGGAUUUUUUAAAUAAACUGGUUGAUAUGGUUGGUAGCUUGCAUGUUUCGUCGGCCGCUGUGCUGCUGCAAUCCUUAUCGUCCCCUGUCAUCGAUUCCAUCAAAUUGCUUCGACGCUUUGGGUGUCUUUUUUCUCCCCCGAAUUCGAGUUUGCUAACAGAAAAGCUUGUUAUUCGAGGUGACACUUUUUCUUUUGAGUUGGCCUCUGAUGGUGAGGGAUUUUUCGAAGCCCCUGUGGUAAGCAUGAUUUCACAGAAACUCUUAUCUGAAAAUGGUUUGAAGAAUCCGAAAAUCCUCCUCUGUGGUCCCAGUAAUUCAGGGAAGUCUACUCUUAUGCGAUUGCUUGUGAACCGAUUACUUUCUUCUGGUAAAACGGAGGCAGUCGUUGUAUUGGAUUGUGAUGUGGGGCAAUCUGAAUUUACACCAGCUGGUAUGAUCAGCCUUACUUUUGUCAGAAAGCCUCUUCUCGGACCACCGUUCUCACAUCCUUUAGAAGGAGUUUACAAGCCGGCAAGACAAUGUUUUUUUGGUGGUGCAUCUCCUUCUGUUAAUCCUGCCUUCUAUGUCCGGUGUUUGCGUUACGUAUUUGAGGCCUUUGAUGAACUGAAUGGGACACAAUAUCCCCUUAUAGUUAAUACGAUGGGCUGGACACAGGGCCUUGGGUUGACACUAAUUAUUGACCAGAUUAAAUUAUCGAGACCAGACAUGAUUGUGCAGAUUUAUCAAGACGGGGCAAAAGCAAAUUCGCGUCAGAAUUUACCCCCUCUUACUCCUGAGUUUAUGAGGACUUCAAAAGGCUUGGAUUACGCUGGUUUCACUUACGUAUCUGAAGUCGGUGUAGUGAAAUCCAUCACUUUCCUGACGCUUUUCUACCUAAGUGGAGCUGGGGGGUUUGCAGCAUCGCACGAUCACCGUGACUUGACCAUGCUCGGUCACCUCCUCUCUGAACUUUUCAACGCGGAGACUAGUUUGCCGGGUUCAGGCCCCAGCGGACGAGGUCCUUCCCCCCUAGGGCAUCCCACAGCCCACCUUCUUGACUGUCUGCCUUACCGUGUGCCAUUGGCAUCGCCUCAAGCUUGUGCACCUCAGUGGGCGCUUGCCGUCCACCUGCUUCAACCGCCCAUCGGCACGUCGGAUGCAUCUACUUUUCAAAUUCCUUCUAUUUACACAUUGUCGUCAAUUAUGGCUUGUCUUAACGCAACUCUCGUUGCUUUGUGUAGGGUCCCAGAGGAAGUGAUUAUCCCUCCUUCGAAACCGGAAGACUUAACAUUACUCUCCGAAGCUUUACCUUGCGAUUGCUACGGUCUGGCUCUUGUGAGAUCAGUGGAUCCCUCAACAGGUCUAAUCUAUCUGACAACUGGCAUUCCUAAGGACCGUUUGGCAAUGGUCAACGCAAUUCUACGAGGUCAAGUUGACCUUCCACAUGUGUUGUUUACCGAACAGGUACGUACGAAAAGUCACCUUGUUGUAUCGAUGUUGUUUCAGUGUGUAAGAGGGUAA